AUGGCUCUUCAUCACGGCCGCUCUCUUAGUUUCCCAUCUUCAUCCCAUCCUGCUGUUUCACAGUUCGAUGACAACUUAUCCAGAUUGAGGUCAUCAGAAGCUACUUGUUCAUCGCUCUCAUCAUUCAAUGGAAAAAUAAAUGGCCUGAGAAACUUGUAUGAGAGCAUUGACGAUUUGCUUCUUUUGCCUCACAUUCAACAGAUCGUUUCGGAGGAAUGUGUGGAUGAUUACAUUAAGCUAUUGGAUGCUUGCAAUUCAGUUAAAGAUGUCGUCUCUCUUGCAAAGGAAGAUUUAAGAGAUCUUCUGUCUUCAAUAAGGAGAAAGGAUGUUCAAGGCAUCAAUGCCUACCUUGCUUCCCGAAAAAAGUCGAAGAAAAUGAUACAAAAGUGUUUGAAGAACUUGAGGCGUAACACCUCGGCCACUUGUGAUAAUGGUUCCAUAUUGAAGGAUGCAGAGUCUGUUGCCAUUUCCACGCUCGAGUCUCUGUUGUCCUACGUGUUGGGAACCAAGGUGCACGAAAGCAAGAGAUCCUUGCUGUCAAAGCUGAUGCAUUCAAAGAAAGUAUCCGCUGACAAAAAUGAGUUCAACAAGGUGGAAUCAUUCUUGCAACUGAACCAAGAAAACGAGCUCGUGAAUCACAUAAAAGAGAUGGAUUCAGACAUUCAAGUUGUUGAAGAAGAUCUCGAAUCAAUCUUCAGGCAGUUGAUCAAAACCAGAGUUUCCCUUCUCAACAUUCUCAACAAUUAG